UGGCGGCUUCCGGUGAGGUCAGAGGUCACCAACAUGGAAGCGGAGUGUGUGCGCGCGGAGCUGCGGUUUAGGGACGGGCAGAAUCGAACCCUGAGCGUCCGGACCGGAGCCGGGCUGGGCGCUCUGAGGACCGCGAUCUCUGAGCUCAACCAGCAGGCGUCACAGGUUCUCACCGAGCUCGUGGACAGCGAGAGAGCGCGCGCGGGCACUGCACAAGGGGAUGAUGACGAUGAUGAUGAUGUUGGUGAUGAUGACAGUGAUGAAGAGGACGGUUUGAACUCUGACCUGCAACCUGUAGCUAAAAGAUCCAAAACCAGCUGAAACGUCUGCUGUGAAACAUCAUUUGUUACUUUAUUGGUGUCAUAUUAAAGUUGCCAUGGUAA